CCUCUAUCCACUCCCGCCCACGCUCGCAGUCGCAGCUCACAGCCCGGGAAGAGAUGAUGCUGAUGAGGCCGCGGUUCCUCUCCCCCUCGCCGCCCUCCUCCCGCCGCGAGCCCCGCCUCCGCACCCUCUCCGAGGCUUCCAGAGUCUCCUCGUCCUCCUACCCCUCCUCCGCCCGCCCUCCCGGCCCCGGCCCCCGCCCCUCCUCCAACAAGCGCCCGCCGCCCAACCUCCGCCGUCUCACCGCCCGCAUCGUGGACCUCACCCGCCGCAGGCAGCUAGCCCAGAUCAUGGCGGAGGUGGAGGCGUCCAAGCGGCGCGCGCGCUCAGGAAGGGGAGGGGGUGUCAACAUCAUCGUGAUGAACGCCGUGCUGGAGGCCUGCGUGAGCUGCGGCGACGUCGACCUCGCGGUCCAGCUCUUCGACGAAAUGCGCGGGCCCAUGGGGUGUGGUGUCGACGGCGUCUCGUACGGCAUCCUGCUCAAGGGUCUGGGAAUAGCUAGAAGGAUUGAUGAAGCUUUCGAGAUACUGGAAUCAGUUGAGAAAGAUACUUCUGAUGGGAGCCCCCGGCUCUCUCCUCAUCUUAUAUGUGGUUUUCUAAACGCCCUUAUCGAAGCAGGAGAUAUGAGGCGUGCCAAUGCUCUCGUUGCUCGUUUUCGCCAAGUCCUUUACGAAGGACAGUCGGUGUUACUAUACAACUUACUGAUGAAGGGAUACAUAAAAAGCAACUUCCCUCUUGGAGCGUUAACUGUUAAAGAUGAGAUCUUGCGUCAAGGAUUGAAGCCUGAUAGAUUGACGUACAACACCAUCAUUUUUGCAUGUGUAAAAUCGGCAGAGAUUGAGAAGGCUUUCCAAUUUCUUGAAGAUAUGAAGGAUGAAGCUAAAAGGGAUGAUAAUCCUGAACUCCUCCCGGAUGCUGUUACCUACACAACAUUACUUAAGGGUUUAGGAAAUAGCCAAGAUCUUUAUUCAGUUCUGAAGAUUGUGGUGGAGAUGAAAUCAUCACUUGUUUCAAUUGACAGGACUGCAUACACAGCUAUGGCAGAUGCCUUUCUAGCUUGCGGGUCCAUUGACGGGGCUCUUUGCAUUUUUGGUGAGAUAAUAAAGCAGGCUGGCGACAACAAAGACUUGAGGCCCAAACCUCAUCUUUAUCUUUCAAUCAUGAGAGCUUUUGCUACUAUAGGUGAUUUUGAUAUGGUAAGGAGAUUGAAAGAACGCAUGUGGCCAGAUUCAGUUGGAUCCAUUAGCCGUUCAGCUAAACAAGAGGCAGAUGAGCUAUUAAUGGAAGCUGCUAUAAAUAACAAUGAGGUAGAUGUGGCUAGAAGACUUCUCAGAAGAAUAGUUAACGGGAAGGAGCAUUUCUCUUGGAGAAGUAGAGUAGGCCUGGUGGCACUCAAAGUUGAAACGCUAUCUGGAUUCACCAACUCUCCUCUUAGACCACAUGUAUUUCCACAGAUUCUCUUGAAUGAUCCUGUUGAGAAGUAUAUGAUUCCAUUUCGAGAAAGUCGACCGUUAGGUGCCGACUUGAUCUUGGAAAAUGUUGCGAUGCGAUUCUUGAAAGACUCUGCAGUUCCUCUUGUGAAUGACUGGGGAAGUUGUGUUGGAAUAGUUCACAGCCGCGAUUGUACCAAGAUGGACUCGCCUCUUCUUUCAAUGGCGAGGCCACCACUGUGCGUGCCUUGUUCAACCUCGCUGGAGCACGUGAUUGAUCUCCUCCUCAGAGAGAAGUGCGAGAUGGUGAUCGUGGUGAAGAGCGGCAACAUGUAUGAAGGCAGCUACACAUCCAGCUCAAGGCCACUGGGCGUUUUCUCCCUCGGUAUCCUGUCGGAGGCUACCACCAACACGGCAAACACCCACGACGAGUGCGUCUCCGGGGCAGCACCCGGCCAGGACCCUGAAGCCCGCGGCCGUGGCUGAGUACACGUAGCUAUUGUUGUGUUGUUGUCUACCAUUCUACCAUAACUCGUCAUCAGUUUGCUUACUAGCGAGAAGUCAUUUUACCGCUGUGUGGCAAAAUUUAGUGUUUUGAUCCUUUUCUGAAACUUAUUCGAGAUCUGACCUUAGUUUGAAUUUUUUUGAAGAUCUGAUCCUUUUGCUACCGCCAGAGUCAAUGGCGAUAGGGUGUAACAGCCUACCGCCAGGGACCUUGGCGGUAGGGUUGUACAGGCUACCGCCAAUCUGUUUGGCGGUAGGGAUGUUUCCUAUCGUCAGGGUGCUCGGCGGUAGGCACGAGCAGGCACUGUGUUCAAUACUUAGUGGGAUUUUGCGGUAGGGCAUGCAAUCCUACCGUCAGGGACCUUGGCGGUAGGCUGUUAUAUCCUACCGCCAUGAACCCUGGCGGUAACAAAAGGGUCAGAUCUCGAAAAAAAAUUCAAACUAAGGUCAGAUCUUAAAUAAGUUUCAGAAAAGGGUCAAAACCCGAAAUUUAGCCCCGCUGUGUCGACCGAGAAGAGCGGAAAGUUUUACCAUGGCAAAUCUGUUAAGCUGACCCUACCGCUCUGUGCGAGUGAUGUAACCUCUGAUACAUACACGCAGCAAUGGUGUCGGUGGGCCAGAAA